UCCCGGCGCACUCGCCAUAGACAACAGCGCCGAGCGGCUCCCACAUCAGCGAGCGGUGCGGGCUUGGAGCAAACGCUCCCAAUUCACUCUGGACACACCACAGGAUAUGGAUUUACAUUGGCAGUAGCAUCACUGGAAGACCGAGACCGAGCCGCCUCGGCUUUGGAGGGACAUUAUCAAAACCCACCGACGCCAGCAGCAGCCGUGUGUCUGCUCUCGGGCUGCUUUGUCUCGGCCAAGCAUCACCACCAUCACCCCCCGUUUCAACUGCGAGCCAGCAGAGCUAGUGAUCACUAGCUGCCGCUGCUGCCGGGAUAAUGCAUCACCAUGUUGUCACCUAGAGGUACCUGCUGCUAGGACGUGGUGUUUUCGAGGGAAGCAGAGUCUGAUCUGGCCGGUGCCGGGCUGAGCGGGAGCAGAACCGUGUUCGGGCUGCAGACCAGCGCCAUGGCGGAGCAGGGCUACUCCUCCUGGGCAUACUCUCUAGUUGACUCCAGCCAGGUGUCAACAUUCCUCAUCUCCAUCCUGCUCAUUGUAUAUGGCAGCUUCAGGUCAUUAAACAUGGAUUGUGAGAACCAGGAGAAGGAUAAAGAUGGUAACCCAACAAAUCCAGGGUCUUUUAAUAACAACACAAACAACAGCAUUCAGACUAUAGACUCGACACAGGCUCUGUUUCUGCCAAUAGGGGCCUCUGUCUCUCUACUAGUCAUGUUCUUCUUCUUUGACUCGGUACAAGUGGUCUUCACCAUCUGCACUGCAGUUCUUGCUACAAUUGCAUUUGCAUUCCUCUUGUUGCCAAUGUGCCAGUAUCUGACCAGACCCUGCUCUCCACAGAACAAGAUAUCAUUUGGCUGCUGUGGGCGUUUCACUCUGGCCGAGCUCCUGUCAUUCUCCCUCUCUGUUAUGUUGGUGCUCAUCUGGGUGCUGACAGGACACUGGCUUCUCAUGGACGCUCUAGCCAUGGGUUUGUGUGUUGCCAUGAUAGCCUUCGUUCGGCUUCCCAGUCUGAAGGUGUCUUGCCUGCUGCUGUCAGGUCUUCUCAUUUAUGAUGUGUUCUGGGUGUUUUUCUCAGCCUACAUCUUCAAUAGUAACGUGAUGGUCAAAGUUGCCACCCAGCCUGCUGAAAAUCCUAUAGAUGUUUUGUCCAGGAAGCUUCACUUGGGGCCGGGGAUGGGUCGGGAUGUUCCCCGUCUUUCCUUACCUGGCAAACUCGUCUUUCCCAGUUCCACAGGGAGUCACUUCUCUAUGCUGGGAAUAGGGGACAUCGUGAUGCCAGGUCUGCUGUUAUGCUUUGUCCUGCGGUAUGACAACUACAAGAAGCAAGCGUCAGGGGAAGUCCCAGGACCUAACAUGUCCGGGCGCAUGCAGCGCGUUUCUUAUUUCCACUGCACUCUCAUUGGAUACUUUGUAGGUCUCUUGACUGCAACUGUGGCCUCAAGGAUCCAUCGCGCUGCUCAGCCUGCUCUUCUUUACCUGGUUCCCUUCACCCUGCUGCCUCUCCUCACUAUGGCCUACCUGAAGGGGGAUCUGCGGCGCAUGUGGUCCGAGCCUUUCCAUACAAAGACCAGUAACUCUCGCUUCCUGGAGGUAUGAUGUACCCAGGGAUGAGCUGCCAGUACGGAGAAGACUGCUGAUCUUUUCCCUUGGUUUAAGGGAAGGAGAGAGGGCGCACUCACAGUGAGGCCAUGUUGUCAUCACUUGUUCAUGCUUUCCACCAAUCUUCUGUGAAAUCCCUCAGAAGGACACUAGUGUGUGGAUCACAACGCCCCCACCACGACUCAUCUUCGGUCCCUACAUCCUCCCUGUUUCAUCUCGACUUCCUCUUUGCUGUUUGUUUCCUCUUCAUUAUAGCACAUCCUGCAUGUGCUUUUUUUUGUUCUACCUCCCCACCCUGUCUCCCCCUCCCUACUUCUGUACUUUUUUGCCACUUCCUUCACGUGGCCCAUCACAUACAUCAGGCCUCUUCUCUCUCUUCGUUUCCUUUCUUUUUCUUUGUUGAUUUCUUCUGCAUUUCUUUCUCUCGGAUGAACUCAAGGACUAGACCUCCCCUCUUUUUGUGGACUUACGGUUGUGAGACAUGGAUGGGGUUUAUAUAUAUUUUUUUAGCAUUGUUGUGGUCAUUAUUAUCAUGAUUACUAUGGAACGAUUUAUACAAAUGGAGACGAGCUGGAGUGUUGCAGUGGCACAGAGCAGGAGAGGAUUCUUCCCCUCCAUCCGUUAUUUUCCCCUUUCAUCAUCGAUUCCUCCCUCUGUUCCAUCAUCCCUUGACGGUGGCUGCUCCCUGGCACUCCAGCCCUCCUCUGACACUCCCUGCGGGCCCCACCCUCCUCCUUCUCUGUUCAUCUGCUGUCCUCAUUCCCCACCCUCACAGAAAACUAUGUAUUUUAUUUAGAAAAGUUUUAUUCUUGUCAUAUACAGAAAUGAUGCAUUAUAAAUGGUUAACCCCCUCCUGGAGAAAAAAAGGUCACAGGGGUUAGAUUCUAUUUGUAUAUACGUGUACACAUGUAUUUGCAGUAUCUUGAGUUUGCAUUUGUGUUUGGAAGCAUGUUGCAUAGGGUGGGAAACUGACGCCAGCCAGCAGCUGGGUUUCAGUGACCAUCUGACUGCGAGUUGUGUUUAUUGGUGAGCAUCCAGAGGGUGUUCUCUAAUGGUUCUCUGCUCACGAGCUACAAACAUGACCAAUGGUGGGUUGUUUUUUUUGGGGGGGUUUCUUUUGUUUUGUUUUUUUUUUUUUUUUUGAGGGGGGCUUCCAUGUUGGUUGCUGGUAGAUGAUAAAGUUAGUUUCCUGCUCUAGUGUUAAAGUGUGUGGGUGUGUGUGUGUGUGCGCGUGUGUGUGUGUGUGUGUGUGUGUGUGUGAGAGAGAGAGAGAGAGAGAGAGAGAGAGAGGAGGAGAAAGACUUGAACACUUGAGCUUACAGCUGUUUAAGUCUGUUUUUAAUUUGAAAUCAUGACCAUGUUUAAAACUACUACAAUAAUCAGGUUUGAAUUGAACUGCGUAUGUUUGCUCAAAGGUGUCAAACACGUGACAAGCUGAAUCAAAAUUGUUUGUCUGCCCUUCAAACAUCUCUAGAAACUAAACAGAGGUUGUUCGGUUUUUUUUUUUCUUCUAAAUAAAUGAAUGUUAAUUAAUUUGACUGUCUUCCAUUUUGCUUAAGUCACCAUACAUUAUCCUGAUUUUUGAACAGAAAAACAAAGCCAAUAUCUGGCCUCUGAAAGCUUAAAUGGCAACACAUUUUAGACCUCAACUUUUUCAACACCAGUGUUACACUUCAGUCAAUGAAAACCUGACCAUUGUGAGAGUUCAACCUCAAAACUGGGAUAUGUGGAUCAGUUGGGAAAAGGAAGACAUGCUGUGGUUUGUUUCAUGUUUGGGUCCACCUGAUGUUCUCUGUGAGGAUGCCGCAGACAGCGUAUAUGCUUGAUCAAAUCUUAAAGUCUGGGCGUAUGGAGGAGAGGUGUGGAGCAGUCAUGUCUUUCAGAGAUCAAACAGAAAUCAGAGGUUUAAGAUAACCCCACCGGGUGGUUUACUGUCAGUUAAUAUUCAAUAAUAUACCGGAAGCUCCAGUGAUCACAUAACAGGAAGUCUGAGAGAGAUGGAUGAAGCUUUCCUUCCCUCCUCUUAUUUUUUAUUUUAUUUUUUUUUCCCCUCCUGGUUUUUUAAUGCUACCUGGCCGUGCAUGUUACGUGUACAGUGUAUAAUUUCUCAGAUUGUAUUAACAGGGCUUCUAGAGUCUUGAACCCUGCUGGCCUACAAAGAUGUACUGGACCUGAAAGCUUGUGUCAGUAGGUGAGACAACGGCUGCAAGUCAGAAAGACUGCAAUUGUUCAGCUCUGACUUUCUCCAUCUGAAUCACAAAGGUUGAAUAAUAUGAGCUGAAUGCUGCCUGGUUGGGGACGUCCACCAUCCUGCCCUCUGCAGUCAAGUAAUCCCUGAUGAGGAACUCCAAACCCCCCUCAUGGACAUGGCCCACACAUAUAUAUAUAUAUAUAUAUAUAUAUAUAUAUAUAUAUAUAUAUAUAUAUAUAUAUAUAUAUAUAUAUAUAUAUAUAUAUAUAUAUAUAUAUAUAUAAGCACACCCACAAAUAUAAAGACCAGAUGAUUUUUUUUUCAGCCCCUUUUUUGUAUUUUCUUCCCCUUCUAAGGCUUAGUUUAUUUGUUUUUUUUCUUCUAUCCCUUCCAGCAGAGGACUCAAGUUCUGUUGGUGCAUUGAAAUUGUAGCUGAAUGGAUUCUGUAUAGAAAAAUGGUGAAUAAAUAAAUUAAGAACUGUGUAGUGAAACAUGAAUCCUGAAGCGCUUGAUCUAAAACACAUUGUCUUCUCUUAACCCCCCCCCCCCCCCCCCCUUCCUCCUCAUUCAGGAUUCUGCUGUAAAUAAACAUGACUCUAACUGUAUCAACACUGCGUCUUGUUCUUUGAUUUUAUUAAAUGGUUUAUAAGCAUGAA